AUGGCAGCGACUGUUGUCCGUCGGCGUAUCCUCGUGGCGUUAAGGACACACAUUUGGCGGAGGAAGGAGUUAUCAGGCAACCGGCGGGUGUCCUCGCUACUGCCAAACAACCACGGCGGGGCUGGCGAUAACGUACAGCCGGACCGGAGGGCUCCAGCUUCGGAUACAGGAGGAGAAGGAUAUUACCGCAGCCGGUCCCGCCUGCUUCUGUCGUUGUCCGUGGGCUUGGGACUCUGCGGUACCGCGCUUCUGGACCGACAAGAGGACUGCGCAUCAAGUGACCCCGCAUCACGCUGGGUGCUCGAACGCCUCCUCCCGUCAGCUGAGUGCGCGUCCGUCUUUAAACCAGACACUCCUCGGUAUAAAUACAACUUUAUCGCAGAUGUCGUAGAAAAGUCAACUCCAGCGGUUGUUUACAUCGAAAUAUUGGGAAGGCACCCCUUUUCCGGGAGGGAAGUGGCUGUGUCAAAUGGCUCCGGCUUUAUCAUCAGCAGCGAUGGCCUUAUUGUGACCAACGCUCACGUGGUGGCCAACAAGCGAGGCGUCCGCGUCAAGCUCACGAACGGAGAGACGUACAACGCGUCCGUGCAAGAUGUCGAUCCAGUGGCGGACAUCGCUACCAUCAAAAUAUCUGCAAAGAACGCUCUGCCAACACUACCGCUAGGCCGUUCGUCGGACGUACGUCAAGGAGAGUUUGUGGUGGCUAUGGGAAGCCCCUUUUCAUUACGGAACACCAUCACGUCGGGGAUCGUCAGUUCGGUGCAGAGGGGCAGUAAGGAGCUCGGCCUGUCCAACCACAACAUGGAUUACAUUCAGACUGACGCAGCAAUCGACUUUGGCAAUUCGGGAGGUCCACUGAUCAACCUGGAUGGUGAGGUCAUCGGGAUCAACACUAUGAAGGUCACUCCGGGCAUCUCCUUCGCCAUCCCGUCCGAUCGCCUGAGGCUUUUUCUUGAUCAAGCCACCAAGAAAAAAAGUUCCUGGUUCGGCGAGUCUGAGACAAAGCGGCGGUACAUCGGUGUCAUCAUGCUAACGCUGACGCCAAGCAUCAUCGCCCAGCUAAAGCUGAGAGAUCCAGCUUUCCCAGAAGUGACACAUGGUAUUCUGAUCACCAAAGUAAUCGUGGGCUCCCCGGCACAAAGAGCCGGCCUCCUGCCAGGAGACGUCGUGCUGGAGAUCAACAGAGGGACGGUGAACACCGCGGAGGAGAUCUACACGGCUGUGCGGAAUAGUGACAAGAUCACAGUGGUGGUGCAACGCGGAGAAGAGCAGCUGAAACUGCAAAUGACUCCUGAGUACACAGAGUGA